AUGAGCCCCCCUUCCCGCUCUGGCAUCUAUGUGAGCCGCGGGGUGGCCCUCCUGUUGACCGGGCUGACAGUCGCGCUCUUACUGGCACUGGUGGCUCUGGCUGCCCUGUAUGGCAACUGCAUGCUCGUCCAACCUUCGGAGCAGCAUAUUCCUGGGGUGAAGGACACCGCGUCAACCCCUCCUGGCGGCCAGGAGCUGGCGCGACCAACCCGGACACCAGAGGCUGCUGGUGAGCCUGAGGUGGCCACCACUUCGCAAGACUGGCCACCCCCGUCAGGGCCCUGGAAUCAUUCGCGCCUGCCGCCCUGGCUUGUCCCGCUUCACUAUGAUCUGGAGCUGUGGCCAAGGCUAUGGCCGGAUAACCUGUCCUACACGGAGAGUGUGACCUUCACGGGUCGUGUGAACAUCACUGUACGCUGCACAGUGGCCACCUCAAGAUUGCUGCUGCACAGCUGUUUUCUGACUUACAAGCAAGUGGAAGUGUGGGGUCCCCUGGCCCUGGGCACUAGGAAUGCCACUGUAGGCCGCGUGCCAGUGGACAAGGUGUGGUUCGCGCUGGACACGCAAUAUAUGGUGCUGGAUCUGGGCCAGGUCUUGCAGCCGGGUAGCAGAUAUGAGCUGCACCUCGGCUUCUCUGGCCAAGUGCUUCAGUGCGCCUCAGAGGGGCUGUUCCUGAACCUCUACACGGACCAGGGCAAGCUCAGAGGCCUGAUUGCAACUCAAAUGGAACCAACAUUUGCCAGGACUGUCUUCCCCUGUUUUGAUGAGCCAGCUCUGAAGGCGACUUUCAAUAUUACAAUUAUUCAUCAUCCUGGCUACAAGGCUCUUUCCAACAUGCCACAGCUAGGUCAGUCUGAAAGAAUCGACGUGAAUGGGAGCAGAUGGAUGGUCACUACCUUCCACACCACACCCCGUAUGCCAACUUACCUAGUCGCUCUUGCUAUAUGUGACUUCGACCACGUCAGCAGAACUGAGAGAGGCAAGGAGAUCCGAAUCUGGGCCCGGAAAGACGCCAUUGCAAAUGGAAAUGUAGACUUUGCUAUGAACGCCACGGGUCCCAUCUUCUCAUUUCUGGAGGAUUUGUUUAAUAUCAGUUAUUCGCUUCCUAAAACAGAUAUAAUUGCCUUGCCUUAUUUUGACAACCGUGCCAUGGAAAACUGGGGGCUGUUGACAUUUGAUGAAGCAUCCUUGUUGCUGGAACCAGAUGAUGAACUGACAGAGAAAAGAGUCAGGAUCUUGGCUGUUAUCGCCCAUGAAGUUGGGCACCAGUGGUUCGGGAACCUGGUGACCAUGAGCUGGUGGAACAAUAUCUGGCUCAACGAGGGCCUUGCAUCUUAUUUUGAACUUGGAAUAAUUAACUACUUCUAUCCAAAACUUCCGAAGAAUGAGAUCUUUUUUUUUAACUUUUUACAUGGUGUCCUCAGAGAAGAUCAUUUCCAGGAGUCUAGAGCUGUGUCCACUAAUGUGGAAAAUUUCACAGAAACAAAUGAAAUAAAAGAACUCUUCAACAUUUAUACUUACCACAAGGGAGCAUGUAUGGCCCGGAUGCUUGACAGUUUCCUGAGCCAGGACUUGUUUAUCAGUGCACUUCAGUCAUACUUGGAGACAUUUUCUUACGCAAAUGCUGAGCAAGACGAUCUAUGGAGACAUUUUCAAAUGGCCAUAGAUGAGCAGAAUAUAAUCCAGUUGCCGACAACGGUGAAGAACAUAAUGGAUAGCUGGACAUACCAGGGUGGCUUCCCAGUGAUCACGUUAAAUGUGUCUACGGGCGUCAUGAAACAGGAGCCGUUUUAUCUUGAAAAGACUGAAAAUCAAACUCUUGUAAGCCACAAUAACACAUGGAUUGUCCCAAUUUUUUGGAUGAAAACUGGAACCACACAACCUUUAGUCUGGCUAGACAGAAGCAGCAUGGUAUUCCCUGAGAUGCAACUUUCAGAUUCUGACAGUGACUGGCUGACUUUAAACUUCAACGUGACUGGAUAUUACAGAGUUAAUUAUGACGAGUUAGGUUGGAAGAAAUUAAAUCAACAGCUUGAAAAGAACCCUAAGGCCAUUCCUGCCAUUACUAGGCUGCAGCUGGUGAGCGAUGCAUUUGCCUUGUCUAAAAACAAUUAUAUUGAAAUUGAGACAGCACUUGAUUUAACCAAGUACCUUGCUGAAGAAGAUGAGAUCCUAGUGUGGUUUGAAGUCUUGGUAAACUUGAUAAACAGGGAUGUUAUUUCUGAUGUGAACAACUAUGCUAUAUACCCAUUAUUGAAGAAGUAUUUACUAAAGAGAAUUAACUCAAUAUGGAAUACUUGUUCGACUUUAAUUCGAAAAAAUGUGGCAGCAUUACAAGAUGAUUAUUUGGCUCUACUAUCAGUGGAAAAAGUGUUUGAAACUGCCUGUUGGUUGGGUCUUGAAGACUGUCUCCAGUUGUCCAAAGAGCUCUUCAGAAAAUGGAUGGCUGACCCAGAGAUUGCAAUCCCUCAUCCGAUUCAAAGAGUGGCUCUAUGCAACGGCAUUGCUUUGGGUACUGUCAAGGAGUGGGACUUUCUGUUUAGUUUCUACAUCAAUAUAACUAAGGAAAAAGAAGAGAGAGGGAGCCGGCUCAUUCCUGCAAUGAGCUGCAGUAAAGAGCCGUGGAUACUUAACAGAUUCAUGGAGUAUGUCGUCACCGUGAACCCAAAUCCUUUUAAUGAAACAAAUGUAAUAGAAGCUGUGGCAGCAUCUGAAGUUGGCCAGUACGUUGCCAAGGACUUUCUACUCAACAACUGGCCAGCUGUGAGUGAAAGGUAUGGACCAGAAUCAGUAGAUGCUCUGGUGUGGGUCAUAGGGAGGACUAUAAGUACAGACCUACAGAUUAUGGAGUUGCUGUGGUUCCUGGGAAACGUGUUGGAUGAGCACCAGAAGAUUGCGGCGCACGCCAAAUUACAGGCAAUAAAGACAGAGAAUCUGAAAAACAAGAAGAGAAUUGCCAGGAUGGCUGAGUGGCUUUGGAAAAACACAUAAUUUGUGGCCACUUGCAGCAUGCUUCUUGCAUUUUAUAAUCUUGUUUGCUCACAGUUCUGUCUUCCAUAUUUCGUGACUCCGGAAACUGCAAUGUCUUCUUUACUUUGGUUAUGUUUUUUCUACUUAGUCAUGUCCUUCCUGUCUUCUCACCUUGCCCCAAGGAUCAGUGAUUGCUGAGGAUUCUGUCAACACUGCCAGGGAUCUGGGCAAACUUCUGCUUCCCAUCAAGCAAUAAAGUCAAGUCACCAAUUUUAAGUGGCUUUCCAAAACAACAGCAAACAACCCAAAACAGAUUGACCUAGGAAAGGCUCGCUCAUUUUGAUGUGAAGGCCAGUGGAGCAUUAAAUCAGUGGCAUUAAUGGAGAAUAUAUUCUAGUCAGAUGGAAAUCCAGGCCUGAAAUAACUCUAUGCCUUAUUUAGUUUAAAAAUAAAAGAACGAUAGGACCACAACAUGGCAGUGUAAAGAAAAGAGAAGCCAGAAAUAAUGAGACACUAGGAGACAGCACAACCAAAGAAUGUCAAGUCUAACCAAGACUGGAGCCAUGGACAAUUUUAGGAGUCAUAGCAAAUGCCUCCAAAGCAAAAUAGUAAUAAUAAUAAUAAUGGUCUUCUUUUCCUAUUCUCUCCGCUAAAGUGCCUACAACAUUGGCUCCUACCUGGCUGUUACUUUCUUAGACGAUGUCACAAAAGAAUGAAUGAUUGUAGAAUCUGCAGAGUGCCUUCAGUAUCUGAAGGGAAUGAAAGCUCUGCCUGGAUGCUCUGUGCAGUCAGCUGUGGAUGGAUGCUCUUUAUUCAGAGUCCCUGAGGGAAAACAGUGAUAUCAAGGACAGUAGCACCUUCAGACUAAUCUUCUGGGCUCAGGAAGAUCUCCAAAUGAAAAGAACCAAAUGUCAAGCCAGGGCACAGUUCUCGCCACACUCAGCAGAGCCAGUUCGGUUGGCCAAGCUGAAGCUACUUGCAAUAUGAAGCGCUGGACUUUCAAGAGUCACUGGCUAUGACACAUGCAAAGGGCGUAGUUUUGUUACACGCGAUGGCAAACAGGACAAGGAAGCACACGGCUCCUGCUUCAGACACUGUGUAUCUCAUCCAGCCCCUUUUCCUCUACAUUUUGUUGGCGUUUUUUUGCAGAAUAAGGGUAAAAAUCGCUUCUCUCCUAUCUACCUCACAGCAGUAUUGUAAAGAUUAACAAACAUUUUUAUCAAUAAAAAGACUUCAGAACUUCCAGACAAGACUAGAAGCCUAGAAUUUUGUUUUGUGUGACUUUAUUAAUGAGAGGAGUCACGGGGAAGACUAUCUAUCCCAGGAACAGAAAGGAAGACCAUCAGGAAUCAAGGAGUUGACAGGACUGAUAAACAGCGCAGGGAAAUGGAAAGGGAUGGAAAGAAAAAUAGGUCAUGACCUGCGACAUCAUGCCUGUGCAUGUCACAGGGCAUACGUGUAUUCAAAAUUAGCACUACAUAAACAGAAACAUAAGUCAUUGCACAUCCAGAUGCUUAUUUAAAAUUUGUCACAUCUCACAUUACUAAAAUUUAAAAUACCCUUUAUAUACGGCAAAUGCCACAUCAAGACACUGUGCUAAUGACCCAACUUCUUCUACUCCAUAGAAAUGCCUGUGCUAACUCACACAACCAGUGAGGAACAGCUAUAAACCCAGAAGACUUAAUUAUACAACACCUUGCAUAGAGCUGUACGUUCGUGUGACUAGUGCGACUUAAUGGAUGCAAACAGAAACUCCUGAGCUGGGCGGCCAUCUCCAGAUCCCACGGCUUUGCCGCUCCCUUACCAUCUUCCUUUUGGAGAAAAUU